CAUUAUUAGCAUACAAUUAGAUUAAAAUAGAAAUAAACUAAAUAAAUAUUAUGGUUGGCGACUCGUACUUUAGACCGCCAUUUACUUGUGCUGCGUCUGUAUAACAAAACUGUUUCCCGGUAUUCGAGGUUUUUACGUUCAUUACAAGGAAUAAUUAUGGGCAAGAAAAAGGUUGAAGCCAGUUCAGACAGCGAAGAAGAGUAUUCAGUCGAAAGAAUUAUAGACCGCAGGGUGGUAAACGGCAAAGUUGAAUACUUUCUCAAAUGGAAAGGAUACUCUGAAGAUGACAACACUUGGGAACCAGAAGAUAACCUAGAUUGCCCUGAGCUUAUUUCGGAAUUCGAAGAAAAAAGGAAGGCCAAAAUGCCAGGUCCAAAAAGCAAAAGACAGAGGGAGAACUCCACAUCUUCAUUAGAAUCCAAUAAUUCCAAAACUACUGAUAAAAAGAAUGAAAAGUCCAAGAAAUCACAAAUUGUUGAGUCUGAUAUUGAAUCGGAAUCUGAACCUUCUUCCAAAAAAAGCAAAUUGGAUGACUCAGACGUUGAGAAAAAGAAAAAAAAGAGGGGUAAAUCUGUAGAUUCCGAUUCAGAAGAUGAAAAGACGAAGAAGAACAAGAAAGGAAAAUCUAUUGAUUUGGAUUCAGAAGAUGAAAAAUCAAAGAAGAACAAGAAGGGCAAAUCCAACGAUUCUGAUUCAGAAGAUGAAAAGACGAAGAAGAACAAGAAGGGCAAAUCCAACGAUUCUGAUUCGGAAGAAGAAAAAUCCAAGAAGAAGAAAAAGGGUGAAGACAAAAAAAGGAAACCCAAGGAUGAUAAAAAAUCUAAAACCAUAGAAUCAGAUGAUGAAGAUUUAGGUAAAAAGAAGAAAAAGAGUGACUCAAAAAAAGGCAAAGACAAAGAAGUGAGUGGCUUUGAUAAAGGAUUGAUUGCUGAGAAAAUUAUUGGGGCUUCAGACACCACAGGGCAAUUAAUGUUUCUUAUGAAGUGGCAAAAUACUGAUGAAACAGACCUGGUGCCAGCCAAAGAAGCUAACCUCAAAUGUCCACAAGUGGUUAUACAGUUCUAUGAAGAUAGAAUUGCCUGGCAUUCGCCAGAGGAAGAGAAGUAAAUUAUCAAUGUUUUCAUAAAGAUACUUUAUUUCAUGAACAGCUUACCUUACUUGACUGACGAUUUAAAAAUUACGACUGUUACCAAGUGAUAAUUUAUGUUACACUUUUGGUUCAUGUUAGUAAAAAAAAUAUUUUUUAAACAUUAAAAUUAUCACUUGGUGUUAUAAUGGGAGUGAUGCUGAUAUGAUUUGUUUUUUGUAAGAUAAACUGUUUAUUGAUAAAUUUUUUAUAUUUUUCUUGGUGUUCGUAAAACUUUUAACAUUAAAGUCCUUAUGAAACAAAUGUUUUACUUUUCUGUUAAUAAUUAUAUGUAACUAUCCAAAAUUAUCGUUUAAAUAAGGUAAAAUAGCAUGUAGGAUUUAUUUCUAUAAAAUAAAUAAUUAUAAUGUA